UUUGUGCUCAAAUCUCUGGGGUGCGACUUGACGCCACAACUUUCUGACUUGGAGGCGAGAGUAUUACCUGUGGCUGGGGAGUGAGUGGAGUGUUGGGGAACUUGUAAACCAGGACAAAAGCCUUGAAAUGCACAUGGCAGGUUGGAUGGAGAGCUUGGCAAGAACAGGGUUGAUUGAUUUCCAGAAGUUCAUGGAAGGGCAUUUGGAGCAUCUUCUUUGUAUUGGGGAUUGUUUGUGGAAUCAGUGGUAGAAAGAAAGAUGAGCAGAGAGGACUUUUUGCACUCCUAGUGAUGUUACUUGGUUACAUAAAGCCAGCAAAGUCGACUCCACUCCACCCAAUCUGUGACAUCAGGGUGCUGGACAAGUACAUUAGAGAGGCAAAGGAUGCUGCAGAUUCAAUGAAACGGUGUGAGGAAGCCUUCACUCUCCCAGGAAAUUUUACUCUUCCAAAAACCAAUGUCAACUACAGAGAAUGGGAAACAAAAGACUUGCGAACGAAAGCCGAGGAGGUUCAGACUGGCCUCAAGCUGCUCGCUGUUGCAGUCCAGAAGGCCCAGAAUGUAACAGUCAACAGCAGCAUGCUGUAUCUAAUAGAAAGGAGCUACAGUAAUAUCCGCAGCAUAACGCAGAUGGUGAGAAGUUUCAGCACACCGGAUACCCUUAAUCGGGAACGGGAGUUACAGACCACCUUUAACACAAGAACACUGAGAACCAUUUUUCAUGCAUAUUUAAAUUUCUUACAAGGGAAAGUCAGACUGUUUUUCCUUGACACAGAAGCCUGCAAUCUGACGACAAGCUGAUAGCCCCAGUUGAACGCCAGCAGACUCUGAAAGGGCCUUCCGAUGCAGAUUAUAAGUUGUAACCUUUGCAUUCUAAGCACAAUACUGUAUAGUAUCAACAGGAGCAGAGAGAGAAGAAAAAUAAACAAAAAGGGAAAGGAAGAGGAUGGCCUGGUUCAUUUUGGAAUAUAAUGUUCGAAAGGAAAGCUAAUUGUCCAACUCUACAUUGCCUGGACAACCCAGCCACAGAGACUGUGGUAACCUGGAUGCUCAGGGUAUAAGGACUCGCAAUUUUUUGAACUCGAGGACAAGAGAGAGAGAGAGAUAACCGCACCCGAGGAAUCAUUUUGAGUAUGACAGAUCUACAACAGAAAGUGUCUGUUAAUCAAUGGCGUAGCUUGCUGCUGAGGGCAUUGUUUUAUGGAGUUCUGUGAAUACGGGAUGCGAGCAUUUCAUGUCUUUUGUACUUUUUAAGCUGUCAGCUAUUACGCCUCAGAUCUUUGUAUUGCUUAACUCGUGGACUAAAGUUCACUGGUAACCUGUUAAAAGCAUUGUAGAAAUGAUGAGAACUAACUUGGCCAAAUGUUUUGUGAGUUGGUGGGGGUGGGGGCAGGGUUAACACUAAUGCUGAGCCAUUGUAGAUCAGCUCUAUGUUUAUUAAAAUAUUAUAACUAUUUAAACAUA